GUUCUACAACGUCACAUGUGAUACAUCUUAUCACCCUCCAAAACCGUUCUUAUGGCUUGGUACAAAUCUUACUACAGAUGUGGAUGAGUGUGAGGAUCAAGACAAUAAUCCUUGUGUAGGAACCUGCACGAAUACCAUGGGAAGUUACAGUUGCACAUGUCCAGAGGAGAUGGAAGGAAACGUGGGACUGGUUGCACUAAGAGAAACAAAGACUUUCCAGUAGUAAAAGUCACUCUUGGUAUUGGAUUUGGGUUCUUAUUUCUUAUUGUUGCAACAUCCAUAUACUUAAACAUUAAAAGAAGAAGGCUAAGCGCACUGAAAAAGAAAAAAUUUCAACAAAAUGGUGGUUUGUUGUUGAAACAAAAAAUAUCUUCCUAUGAAGGUGGUGUUGAGGCUACAAAGAUUUUUACUGCAAAAGAAUUGGAAUCGGCAACCAAAAAUUAUAGUGAUAAACUAGUCCUUGGGCGAGGAGGCUUUGGGAUGGUUUACAAGGGGACUUUACCAGAUGAACGUGUAGUCGCCAUUAAGAAGUCGAAGAUAGUUGAUGAGACUCAAAUCGAACAAUUCAUCAAUGAGAUUGUUAUCUUAACUCAGGUUAACCAUCGAAACUUCGUUAAGGUCUUGGGAUGUUGUUUGGAGGCCGAAGUUCCUUUGCUUGUUUACGAAUUUGUUUCAAACGGUACCCUCUUCAAGCAUAUCCAUAACAAAAAGGAUGGAGAACCAUUCCUUUCUUGGAAAGUUCGUUUAAGGAUUGCAACCGAAAGUGCAGGCGCUCUUGCGUAUUUGCACUCAGCAGCUUCCGUCCCAAUCAUUUACAGAGAUAUCAAAUCUGCCAACAUAUUGCUAGAUGAUAAUUUCACUGCAAAAAUAGCUGAUUUCGGGGCAUCAAGGUUGAACUCAUUGGAUCAAACCCAGAUUGAUACACUAGUUCAAGGGACACUGGGCUAUUUGGAUCCAGAAUACUUCACUACUAACCUACUAACGAACAAAAGUGAUGUUUAUAGUUUUGGUGUGGUUCUUCUAGAACUCUUAACAGGUGAAAAAACCCUCUCAUUUACGAAAUCUCAAGAACAACGGAGUCUUGCUUCGUAUUUUAUAAAUGCAACGGAGAGAAAUGAUUUGUUCAAGGUGAUUGAACCUCGAAUAGCAAAUAAAGGAAAACGAGAACAGGUCAUUGUCGUCGCAGAGCUUGCAAUGAGAUGCCUGAACUUGAAGGGCAGCGAAAGGCCUACAAUGAAAGAAGUUUUUAGUGAGCUUGAAAGUUUGAGCAAAGUAGAGUCGCACGACUCAUCUAGAGUCCAUAAUCAACGUUACUCUUUUAUGGAUGAGCCAGUAUACCUCGAUUCUACACCAUUAAGCUCUUUCACCUCCGGUGAAUCUGGUCAAUCCAGUACGGAUAAAGAUUUGUUCACGUCAAUCGACGUGCUCCGAUAAUGUGGCCUGCGAAGCGUGGUUCAUGCUUAAGCAUUUUCUUUUGCGGAGAAUCAAUUGGCAGUGUAUUUCUUAUUUUAUUUAGGGAUACAUGAUCUGAAUGCAACUUCAGGAUCCAUCACAUUCAUGCUUUUGUUGACCACUAACAAUU